CUAGUUGAUUCCACAACCUUUAAUUCAUUGCCAAAAGUCCAAUUUUGUUUGGAAAAAAAUUCAAGUAAUUAUGUGGUACAUGUGUUAAAAUAAAAAAAAAUAAUAAUAAAUAUGAGAGAUCAUGUUUCCUUUCAUUGUUAAAAGUUAUUCAAUGCAAUAAAUAUUUUAUUUCUGUUCAAUGAACUAUUACAAUUGUUAAAGUUAUAUAAUAUUUAACUGAGUAUUAAGUUGUUCUAGAGGCAUCUCCGUUGGGAUGAGUAAUAUUUAAAAAUGAAGAUAAUCGUUUAGCCGAUGUCUGCCAGUUGUGUGAGAGCCUGUAGGAGAACCUGCCGUCUCUAAGCCUCAUCCCGGUUUUCAGGUUAGGUAAACGGAAACCUAUCUCGAGUCGAAUCGAGUCCACUUCGCGUCUUUAAGCCCAAAGCCCCCAGAGACAGAGAGCCGUUUUAAGCCAGAACUUCAGAGAUGGCAGAGCCCGAGCCGGACGAUCCGAUGAACGAGGAUCAGUGGCUGUACGGCGAUUCGACCGGAGACGUGGAGCCGCCGAAGCUCCCGCAGGAAGAGGAAAAGGAGCAGAAACAGGAAAAAGAAACGGAACAGGAGAAGGAACAAGAAACGGAACGGGAAGAGGGAGAAGCAGAGGACGACGAACCGCCCCCGACUGAACAGCCGGAAGGACAGCAAACACCGCAGGGAGAAGAACAGGAAAAGGAACCCUUGGAAGAAGGAGAACAGCCUGAUCAGGGCAGCGAUCAGAUUGAGAAGCCGUCUGAAGAAGGUGGCUCUCCUAGAGAAGCUGGUCAGAUUGACGCUGGCCAAGAUGACGAAGAUGAAGAAGAUGACGAUGACAGUGAAGAUGAUAUAAGAGUUACAAUCGGCGAUAUAAAGACAGCACCUCAGUAUUCAAAUAUUAAUAUAAAGAGAGGAGCUGUAUUAUCAUCAGGGGUGGACAAACUGAAUAAAAUACAACCUGGAAAAUUUUCUAUUGAAGAAUUUGAAAGCAUAGGAACAAUUAAUGGCCUACCAGCUCAUGAGUUUAGCAUUGACGCACUCGAGGAAAAGCCUUGGAGAAAGCCUGGUGCUGACAUAACAGAUUAUUUCAAUUAUGGUUUUAACGAAGACACAUGGCGGGCGUACUGUGAAAGGCAGAAACAAAUGAGGGUGCAUGAGUCGGGGGUUGGUCUCGGUGGACUUGGUGUUUCAAGAACCAAUCAGGCUCUAACAAUCAUCAAUGACAAUUCAAAAUACUCGUCAUUAAACAAUAGUAAUAUUGUUGUAAAUAAUGCUUCGGCCACGACUACCGGCGUGAUGUCAGCGGCUCAGCGCAAAGCAGGGCCGCCUCCUGGGCCACGAAGGAGUGGUGUAAUCGACGUCAUCGGUGUUGGUGGAGUGGCUUCAAGGCGCACCACAGACUCUCCACCGAAAGAAAACGUCAUCCAGGUUAUGACUGCUGAUAGAAGAGAUUAUGGCAGGAAGGGAUUCGACAUGUCUGUUCCUCCGCCUGGCUUUGAAGCGACACAACCCCCGAUGGCUCCGGUAGUGCCCAAUUAUCCACCACAUGGAGGGUACAACCAAGACUUCUACCAAGAUGUCGAUCAUUAUUAUCAAUCAUACGAGCCAGCUCAAGACAUGCAAUGGAACAGCCAGGUAAGGAGCUCAAGGCAUCGUGAGAAAAAGUCCCGUAAUUCCUCUUUAAUCCCUGAUCAUUCCAAAAGAUCCAAGCCUGACAAAUAUAUGCAUAAUCCUCUGAAUAAAGACGAUCUACCUGGUGGCAUGUCGAUCAAACAGGAGCCGAUGGACAAAAGCUUCAAAGACAGGGAAAGGGAAAGGGAGAGGCAUAAAGAAAGGCAUCGUCAUCGCUCCCGAAGUCGAAGCGUCGACAGAGAGAGAAGAAGGAAGCACAAAAGCCGAAGCAGAAGCCCCGGACAUAGGAGCCACAAGAAAAAAAAGUCAAAGAAAUCCGACAGAAAAGACAACAGUGACUAAAAUUGUAAUGUAACUACAAAACUGUUCUUAUUUUGAAUAAUGUAUUUUAUUGCGGUCGGUUGGUUAUCUGAAAAUUUCAAAUUUGUUUCAUUAUUUUUCCUUUUUUGUUUUAAUUGAAUGUAUAUAUUGUAUUAAUAUAUAUACUCAGACACACACUCACUCACAUACACAAUAAAGAUUCACACAUUUGUAUAUGUAAGUGUAUAAUCUCUUUUAAAAUAAUAUUGGUGAUGAAAUUUCAUUUAUGUAUAA